CCCGGCCUCAGAGUUAUAUAUAGGGCUGUCCAAUUAUCCCCAGGUGUCAAAGACGUUCUGGCAUUCAGCUCAGUUGGACAGAAUCCGGCAGCAACAUGUCACAGUAUUCAGGCAAGAUCAUCUUCUACGAGGGGAAAUGUUUUACGGGCAGAAAGCUGGAGGUGUGCGGAGACUGCGACAACUUCCAGGACAGGGGAUUUCUGAACAGAGUGAACUCCAUCCGAGUGGAGAGCAGUGCUUGGAUCUGCUAUGACCACCCGGAUUUUAAAGGACACCAAUACAUCCUGGAGCGUGGAGAGUAUCCCGACUUUUACCGCUGGAAUGCUCACAAUGACCACAUGGGCUCCUGCAGGCCCGUAAAAAUGCAUGGAGAGCAUUACAGGAUAGAGCUGUUUGAAAACUGCGACUUCAAUGGCCAAUGUAUGGAGUUCUGUGAGGAUUGCCCCUUCCUGCAGGGUAGAGGCUGGAGCAAAACCUGCAUCAACUCCAUCCGGGUUUAUGGUGAUGGAGCCUGGGUUUUAUACGAUGAGCCCAAUUACCGUGGUCGAAUGUACAUUGUGGAAAGAGGAAAUUACCACUCACACACAGAGUGGCAGGCACAAAAUGGAAACAUCCAGUCCUUGCGAAGGGUGGUCAACUACUUCUAGUGAGUCUUAGACUGCUUUCAUCCAUCGAGAUCAAACUGAGACUUGCUGCUCACACUGGAAACU